AUGGCUUCUAAAGUGUGUGAUAUAAUUAGUGAGAUUGAUAAAUAUUUUGAUGAUGAUCCGGACAACUCGGAAGAAUAUAGUUCUAGGAAUACAUUAAAUACGUAUUGUCAUGAUAAUACUAGUAGUAGUGAUGAAGAAAGGAUUACCUCUGGUUUUAUAAUGUUACUAAAAAAUCUUGAUGAGGAAAGUUUCGAAAGUGAUAAAAUUGUUGAAUACGCUAGUUUAUGGUUAAGUCAUAAACUAAAUCAAAAAACACAAAAUGGAACCACCAAAUUAUACGAUUUUUAUACUAACCAUAUAGAAACAAAUAAUUGUUAUAAGGGGAAUAUAUCUACUGAUAGUGGUGAGCAUAUUAAUACGGGUGAUAUAGAAAAUAAAAUAAAAUCGAUGAAUAUGGAUAUUAAAGAUAUAUAUAAUUUUUAUGAUGCAUUUAAAUCAUUAUGUAACAUGUAUAGUGAAAUUAAUGUAGAUAACUAUCAAUGCACCAACUGUUUAGAAAAUGCUGGAGAAUUUUUUGAAAAAUGUGAAAAAGUUAAAAAUGUUUUUGAUAUUACUAAAGAAAGUUCUUAUUUACAACUAUGGUUAAGAUUAUCAAAAGAUUAUAAAGAAUUUGAAAGUAAUUAUAAUACUAAUUGGUGUAAAAAUGUCCCAUCAAUUGUAGCUUGUCCACGAAAUUCAAUCAUAAAAAAUACACUAAUUACAAUUGCAAUUAUAUUUGUUGCAUCAACAAUUUUAUUGGGAGUUUCUUAUAAGUAUUCGUUAUUUGGUUUUCGGAAACGAUUUCAAAAACAAAAAUUAAGAGAAAAAAUAAAAAAAUAA